AUGUCUUUCAAACGUCUCAAUGUGCAAAAAGCCUUUGUUUUAGCUUCCUUGCUCCUGGCAUCUGGGGUCUCAGCAGCUGCUAUCCCCGCGAGCAUUCCUGAUCCGGCAUCGGUCUCUGUGGCGCCAACAAACACGCAAGUCCCUGCCGGUCAAGGGGAUGUCAGUCCAGCCCCCAUCCCUUACGAAGGUGUUCCAGACUGUCAGUCUUGCCGUGAAGACGAAUACAAUGAACAGAUCACCGACGAAUCUGCAAAGCAGAUGAAACGAGAGAGCGACACUAUCGCAGCAAGAACUGAUUCUAAAAAGCUUACUCCCGAGGAGCAAAAGGCCGAGGAGGAAAAAGCCAAGAAGAUACAAAAAGAAGCUCUCGAAAAGUGUCAUGGGGCCGGGGCCUGCGAGAUACUUUAUAUCUUACAGCAUUUAGGGUAG